AUGGCUUCUUUCCCCAUCCCUAGCCACUCCAAGCUUCGGUUGGUGGAGGUACGCGGAGCGCCAAAGCCGGAAAGCUUCCAUAAAUCAGCUCUUGAGCGCCUGCCCUUUUGCGUGCGUCGUAUGAUAUUUGAGGCCUGCGACUCUACUUCCAAGCAAGCUCUCGCCCAAACUUGCCAAGAGCUCCGCAAUGCUGGUUGGGACUUCCGACUCCAGAAUGUGAAGGUAACUGGCAUGCCACCUUCUUUGCACGGGGACUUGGUGAUCCUCAAAGAUCAUAUGCAAACCCAGAUUGUUCGUACCCAUACUACCUCUAUACAUAUCGCCAUUGCCACGUUCUUCAGCCGAGACCCCUAUUCCGGCCCCCGUAGUAACUAUACUAUUAGUAUUCCGGGUUUAAUCAGGUGCAUUCUAUCUCUUAUCAGCAAAAUGCGGAGAUUAAAUGACCUCAAAAUUACUAUCAAAAGUACCGGGCCAGGCGACGAGCUAGCCGCUUGGUACGAGGAUGCCAUACACAAAGAGGUUAAGGAACGGCUUAAUCAUACGGUUUCUUACAAUCCGCUCACAAUUCGACUAAAAGGGUUCACCUCUACUAGAGCGAUCUAUUUCACUCGCAUGUUUCCUAGACUGCGUCAUCUAGAAGUCAGAAGCAACUGCUUUAGGUCGGCUCUCGACCCCAGUAUAACGGCAUAUCUCCCGUCACUGAAAAGCCUAGAGAUAUACAUACAGCUACCCGACAUCAGCGGUGUGGUGGCCUUGCGCAACAUUAAUCGUGCAUUCCCAUUACUAGAGAAUCUUGUUAUUAGAGGAAUGUCCACUUUCACCUGGAAGCGAAGUGAAGUCGCCUCCCAACUGAGGCACUUUAUUCACUUGCGCAAGCUCGAAAUCGCUACAGACUGGUACUACGAUCCUGAUGAUGAAGAGAGCUGGGAGGUCAAUGAAACCAUAUCCCAUCUUUGCGCCAAGGCCUGUCGUUCUCUUGAAUAUAUAUCUGAUCAAGUAGAAGGCCGCGAAAUGCACCAUUGGAAGGUGGAACGAGAUCCGAAACGUAAAUUUACGUUCCUACGUCCAAUCUUCUGA